CCCCGCUUCUCUCUCUCAAGUUGAAGUGGCCAAAAGAUUCCUGUUUUCCGGCAAUGGGACGUUUUCCAGCGAGUUCUUCCCUCCUGUCCAGCGAACUUGAACUCCGACCCCCCCACCUACCUUUCCACUGGUAAACAGGGCUGCCGUCCUCCGGUCCUCGCCGGAUUCCGGCGAUAUAGACUCCCAUAUUUCGCCUUUUAAGUCUCCCUCCGCUCUCUGGUUCCUCUGAUCAAACUUGGAGAAGAACGGAGUCUAUCAGAGAUGAUGAGUCUGCUACUCCGAAUCUUUUAUUUCGUCAUCUUCCUUCCUUUCUUGGCGGAGUCAAGGAAUCCGGCGUUAAACGACGACGUACUCGGCCUGAUCGUCUUCAAGGCCGACCUCCGAGACCCCGAUUCCAAGCUCGUCUCAUGGAACGAGGACGACGACGACCCCUGCUGCUGGACCGGCAUCAAGUGCGACCCCAAGACCAACCGCGUCACCGAGCUCUCUUUGAAUGGCUUCUCUCUCUCCGGAAAGAUCGGCCGUGGCCUCCUCCAGCUCCAAUCGCUCCGGACACUGUCCCUCUCCAAGAAUAACUUCUCUGGGACCCUUAGCUCUGACCUUCUCCGGCUCGAGAGCCUUCGUAAUCUCGACCUCAGUGAGAACAAGCUCUCCGGACCCAUCCCGGAUGACUUCUUUGGGCAAUGCAGGUCCAUUAGAGCCAUCUCCCUGGCGAAAAAUGCCUUCUUUGGGGCGAUCCCAUCUAAUGUCGGCUUUUGCUCGACGCUUGCAGCUCUGAACCUCUCCUCGAACCGGCUCUCUGGUUCUUUGCCGUGGGGACUCUGGUCUUUGAAUGCUCUCAGAUCGCUUGACCUCUCUGAUAAUACUCUGGUUGGCGAGAUUCCAGUAGGAAUUAGUAAAAUGUACAAUCUGAGGUCGAUCAGCUUGCACGGGAACCGGCUCUCCGGCCAUUUACCGGACGACAUUGGAGACUGUUUGCUGUUGAAAUCGCUCGAUCUUGCUGGGAACUCGCUGUCUGGAAGCCUUCCAGAAUCAAUGCGGAAGCUCUCGACAUGCAGUUAUUUGAGCUUGAGCUCGAAUUUCUUCUCCGGGGAAGUUCCGACAUGGAUUGGAGAAAUGAAAAGCUUAGAGACUCUGGAUUUGUCUCGCAACGGGUUCUUCGGCCAGCUUCCUGGUUCAUUAGGCGAUUUGCAGCUCCUGAAAGCGUUGAAGCUUUCGAGAAAUGGCUUCACGGGGAGCUUCCCAGAAUCACUAUGUUCUUGCAAAAGCCUGGUGGAUGUGGAUUUGAGUCAGAACUCGCUCACGGGUAAGCUUCCAUUAUGGGUGUUUGAAUCGGGUUUGCAGCAGGUUCUAGUUUCGGAGAACAAACUGAAUGGAUCAAUCGUAAUCCCUUCAAGCUCUGCUUCAAACCUCCAAGUUUUAGUUCUAUCCAGCAAUGCCUUCUCUGGCUCUAUACCAGAAGGUCUUGGGAAGUUGAAGUCUUUGGAAGUCCUUGAUCUAAGUGGGAACCGGCUGAAUGGGAGCAUCCCGUUAGAGAUUGGAGGGGCAGUGUCUCUGAAGGAGCUAAGGUUGGAAAAGAACUCCCUUAAAGGAGCAAUUCCAACCCAGAUUGGAAAUUGCGCUUCCCUCACAUCCUUGGAUCUCUCACAGAACAACCUCACAGGCCCAAUUCCCCCAACCUUAGCCAACCUCACCAAUCUCCAAAUCAUCAAUUUCUCUCGUAACAGACUCACAGGAACCAUUCCAAAGCAGCUUUCUAAUCUCCCCCACCUCCUCUCCUUCAACAUCGCUCAUAACGUCCUCUCUGGAGACAUCCCUUCAGGAAGCUUCUUUAACACCAUUCCUCCUUCCUCCCUGUCUGAUAACCCUGGCCUCUGUGGCUCCAUUGUCAACCGGUCUUGCCCCGGCGUCCUCCCCAAGCCCAUUGUUCUCAACCCAGAGAACUCUUCACCCAACUCCUCAUCAGGCUCCACAUUCUCCCCUGCUGGCCUUCACCACAAGAAGAUAAUCCUCAGCGUCUCCACUCUCAUUGCCAUCGGAGCUGCUGCCAUAAUUGCCCUUGGUGUCAUCACCAUUACCGUCCUCAACUUCCGAGCUCGUGCGUCUGCUUCCCAAUCUGCUGCUGCUUUGGCCCUCUCAGAUGAUUUCCUCAGCCAGUCUCCCACCACUGAUGCGAACUCGGGCAAGCUCAUCAUGUUUGCUGGAGGUGACCCUGAAUUCAGUGCUGGUGCCCAUGCACUCCUCAACAAGGACUGCGAGCUGGGUCGUGGAGGCUUUGGUGCAGUCUAUAAGACCAUGCUCCGAAAUGGCCGGCCCGUGGCCAUCAAGAAGCUCACUGUUUCAAGCUUGGUGAAAUCCCAGGAGGAUUUCGAGAGGGAGGUAAAGAAGCUAGGAAAGGUGCAGCACCCUAAUCUCGUGGCACUUGAAGGCUAUUAUUGGACUCCAUCCCUCCAGCUUCUCAUAUACGAGUUUGUUUCUGGUGGGAGCUUAUACAAACACCUCCAUGAAAGCUCUGCCUCAAAUGCACUCUCAUGGCAAGAAAGGUUUGAUAUAAUUCUUGGCACUGCAAAGAGUUUGGCGCACCUGCAUCGGCUCGACAUAAUUCACUACAAUCUGAAAUCUGCCAACAUUCUGCUUGAUGGCUCCGGAGAGCCAAAGACAGGAGACUACGGGUUGGCGAAGCUGCUACCAAUGCUGGACCAUUACGUUUUGAGUAGCAAAAUACAGAGUGCUCUUGGUUACAUGGCACCAGAAUUUGCAUGCAGGACAGUGAAAAUAACUGAGAAGUGUGAUGUGUAUGCAUUCGGAGUGCUGGUGUUGGAGAUCAUGGCAGGAAAAAGACCUCUUGAGUACAUGGAGGAUGAUGUGGUGGUGCUGUGUGACAUGGUGAGGGGAGCACUGGAGGAAGGGAAGGUAGCUGAGUGUGUGGAUGGGAGACUGUGGGAAGUUCCCCAUAGAGGAGGCCAUUGCAGUGAUGAAGCUGGGUUUGAUUUGCACGUCGCAGGUUCCAUCGAAUCGGCCAGACAUGGGGGAGGUGGUGAACAUCCUGGAACUUAUCAGAUGCCCUCAGGAUAGCCAAGAAGAGGAGUUGGGUUGACUUCUGGCCUUGAAUCUCCUUUCGCAUUUUUAGGUCCAUGACAUGAUUGCUGAGAGAAGGAUAUGGGAUUUCUGGUGAAGUGGAAUCAGGUAUUCUAUUUAACAAGAAGAAUAGAGUUGGAGGAGAAGGAUAUCAGGUCAAUGUAUUAUAGUUGUGGACAAGGAAUCAUUGUCUUGUUUACGGUUGUUUAGUGUUUUGAGGGUGGGGGAUAUUCUCCUUUUCUUCUCACUAAUACACCUGUGCUGCUUGUUGCCGGAUUCCCUUUCACCGGGUUCGACAAUUGUAAGACCCUUCUUGAAAAACUUGUUAUUAGGUAUCCCAUAUUAUUUGAUGUGCUUUCCUUUACUUUUUAGCACAUAUUUGCGUGAUCGAUUAA